AUGACCAGACUCACCACCAAGGCCUUCUCGGCCCUCAAGACCACCAUAGUCCCAAAUUCAGCCUCCCGCCUUUCCCCCAGACUCACCACUGCACUCUUCCAACACCAAGCCCGAGCCAUCAACCAAACCAUUAUCACCCCUCUCAGCCACACCCGCUCCCUCCACCAAACCCCCUCCCGUCCUCUCCCUGCCUCCGAGCCCUUCAAGCUCGACCGCACCAAACGCCUCCCCGAGUUCUUCUCCCUCCAAGACAAAGUCAUCCUCAUCUCCGGCGGCGGGCGGGGCGUCGGCCUCACUCAAGCCGAGGCCGUCCUCGAAGCCGGCGCGCGUGUGCACGUCGUCGACAUUCUGCCCGACCCUUCCACCGAUCCCGACUCUCCCUUUUCCGCCGUUGCCAAGCGCGCCACCGAGGAAUUGGGGUCCAGCAUCACUUAUCACCGUGUUGACGUGCGUAAUCAGCAGGCGCUGAAUGAAGUUGUGCAGGGGAUUGCCAAGAAGGAGGGCAGGAUGGAUGGGUUGAUUGCUGCGGCGGGGAUCCAGCAGGAGACGAGCGCGCUGGAGUAUAGCAGGGAGGAUGCGGACAAGAUGAUGAGCGUGAAUGUCACGGGGGUGUUUAUGACGGCGCAGGCGGUGGCGAGGGUCAUGGUGGAAAAUGGGUGGCCGGGGAGUAUGGUGCUGAUUGGGAGCAUGAGUGGGACGGUGGCUAAUCGGGGGUUGAUUUGCCCCGCAUACAACGCCUCCAAAGCCGCCGUUCUCCAGCUUGGCCGCAACCUCGCCUCCGAAUGGGGCGAGCAUGGCAUCCGCGUCAACACGCUUUCGCCGGGCUACAUCGUGACCGCCAUGACGGCCGGCCUCUUUGAAGCUUUCCCUGAGCGCAGGACCGCUUGGCCCGAUGCCAAUAUGCUCAAAAGGCUGAGUUACCCGGAAGAGUACCGCGGCGCGGCGAUCUUCUUGCUCAGUGAUGCGAGCAGCUUCAUGACGGGCGCGGAUCUGAGGAUUGAUGGUGGGCAUUGUGCUUGGUAAGAGGGAAUGUGGGAUUGAUCUGUGAUGAAAUGAUGGGCAUGUGAAGAGAAGUCGGAGUGAGGCUCGCCUAGCACGGGGAACAUGCAGGGGCAGAGGGAGUAUAUGAGACCAUUCUUCGCUUAAACAGUGCGCGACGAGAUUAUGCAAGACAUUGAUAUCUAGUCAAUUCAAGUACCUCCAUUUAAUGUUCGACACUUGAACCAGUACUUUGUACGAGGCUUUCCAACCAGCUAAGGAACAUGCAAACGUGAACCCCCUCACACCAUGAACAUCACUCACCCAGUACACCACCCUGACCCUCAUCCUUAUCCUCACCUUUCACUCCCUUCUCCUUCUCCCUUUCUGCCCUCCUCCUCUCCACCCACUCCCCCAACUCCCUCCAAAUCCUCUCCUUCUCCGCCCUCCCAACCGUGGCCGCCAACCCACUAGUACUCGUAGCCACAAAUACCCUCGCCCCCUUCCACCCACCAGCUGUUGUCGUGUUUGUCUCCUCCUCAUCAUCACCACUAUCAACACCCACACCCAUGUUCUCACUCUCAUCCUGCCACCCAUACUUCCAAUCUUUUGGCAGCAGCCCCACCGCUUUCCCAUGCCUCUGCCUCUGCCUCUGCCUAACCCGAUAAACACUCUCCCAAAUCCCCUUUCCCACCACACACACCGCUUCGGGCUUCCACACCCUCACUUUUUGUUCCAACACUGCCACCCCCUCGUCCAUCUCCCCCUUUGUCAAUUCCCCGCCAUUCCGCGUCGGUCUCCCCACAAUGUUGGUUAACCCCAGCGAAAACCGCUCCGGCAGGGAGCGGUCUUCAAAAGGUGCACAUAACACGGGGGUGAUCCCGGACGAAAACAAGAGACGCCAGAAAAGAUUGGUCGGGUGCGCGUAGGCGUGUUGUUGGAUGGCGGUGGAGAUGCCGGGGUUGAGACCGAUAAAUAGAACAAGAAGAUUGGGAGAGAGGGCGUCGGGGAGGGUUUGGGGGAUGUUGUCGUAGGUCUUUUUGGGGAGGGGUUUGGGGCGUUUGGAAGUGGGAGUAGAAAAGCCGGAGUUGGAUGGGGUUGGGGAGGUUGAAGAAGUCGAGGUGUUGGUUAUUAGUUUUCGUUUGGAUGAUCGGGCUUUGGUUGUUGUUGUUGUUGUUGUUGUUGUCAAGGUGGUGGUAACGGUGGUUUGGGUUUGAGUGGCUUUGCGUGAUGGAGAUGCCGAAGAGGAGGAUGUAUCUGUGUUUACGGGUGUCGCUUUGGUUGUCGAGGACAGACGGGCGCUUCUGCGAAUUCCGCCUGGUGAUGGCGAUGCUGAUGCUGAGCCAUUGCCGUCGAACUUGAAGUCUUCGAGUUUGAGACGACCGGCAAAAGUUGGUGGCGGGGGUGUACGUUGGUCAUCAGGCACAAGAGCUUCG